AUGGCCUUUUGUACCGCAGCUGUUUCCACUCUGAACGGCGGAGUACAUUCGGCUCUUGUUCAAACAGCAGUUGUUCUUCGACUUAUGUUUUCAAAGAUGCGAAAGAAUUUUCUCGGAUUUCUAUCUGUUCUCGAUAAGGAGUAUCGAAAGGGCUACGGUGUUUACAAGAAAACCCAUGCCCCUGCGAUAGAUAUACUUAGAUGUUGGGAAAUCAACUUGAUAAGAACAAAAUGUGUCGACGGAGCUAUUAACCUUAUUCAGCAAGAAUCAAGAAGAACGCUGGCGAUGACCCAUGCCUUUCACUUGGAUACCCGAACAGUCAUCAUUAUUCUGCUUUCGUUUUGCUUUCUGACAAAUGCUCAACAACACGGAAAUUUUCGUCUUCGGCAGGCAGUCUCAAAACCUGGAACACAACACAUCCCGACGGAGCAAGAAUACAAUAGCACCGUCAAAUGCUUCUCUUGGCUCACAUCAUACUAUAAUUUUACUAUGACUGACAACAAAUUGCCGCCGAUGGAGAGUCACUUCAUCACUCGAGUAAUGCUCGAUAGUCAAAGUAUUUGCAAAAACUUUCGAGAACUUGAUAUCUGUCUCGGAGGAAGAUACAAAAUUCUGGUCGAUUUUGAUUGCUUGACGAGACUGACAUAUUCAAACGCAGAUGCUCUAUUCUAUCUGAGACAACUUUCGCUGCUAGAGUUCUAUUGUAGCAGGAGCGUUCCGUUCAUACAAUAUCAUCAAUGCAUGGAUCGAAUUUCGGAUGACAACAAGGAUGCUAUGUACGGAAAUUGCACGGAUGCUGAGUGGGACAACUGCAUGUUAGAUAGCUGA